AUGGACGAACUACAGAAACUAGAACAUUUAUCCCUGGUGUCCAAAUUGUGCACAGAAUUGGACAACCAUUUGGGCAUUAACGAUAAGGAUUUGGCCGAAUUUAUUAUAGAACUCGAAUCAAAGAACCCCACAUUUGAGGGAUUCCGCAAGGCAUUGGUGGAGAAUGGCGCCGAAUUCCCAGACUCAUUGAUUUCCAAUCUCCAGAGAAUUAUCAAACUAAUGAAACCCACUGGAACAAAUGGCGACAAAUCUUCUGCCGGAGGAGCUGCCGAAACGACGGGCAACAAAUCUUCAAAAACCGAACAACUUGCCAUGAUGUUUCCUGGCCUGGCAAUGGCCAAUGAUAAAUUCAGUAAAGUCGAUGCACCAGAUUCCAGCUCAAACUCCGAAAGUGACAGCGAGGUGGAUGAGAAAAAGCCCGAGAAAAAAGAUAUCAAAAAGAAAAUCAAAGAAGAGGACAUGAAAGCUGUCGAUGAUGCCAUGUUGGAGUUGGAAGCAUUGGCUCCUGGAUUUGCCAGCAAACCCGAAAUUAAAGAUAUAAAAAAGAAAGUGGAAAAAAGAUCACGUUCCCGAUCAAGGUCAAGAGAAAAACAUCGGGAGAGGGAACGGAAAAGGGAGCGAAGUCGGGAACGUGUUACAAAAGAUUCGGACAGUUCACGGAACAGAGAUAAAGAUCGUCAUAGAGACCGAGAACGUGAUCGCGAUCGACGUUCCAGAUCUAGAUCUCGCCAUCGUGGGGAACGCAAAAGAUCACGUUCCCGGUCCAGGGAAAGCAGUCGCAGACAUCGCCGUUCAAGAUCACGUUCACGCGACAGACGUCGACGUUCAAGAUCACGAUCAAAGGACAGAUCCCGUCAUCACAAACGAUCUAGGUCACGUGAAAGUAAACGUGAAAAAAUGCCACCACCAGCACCCAUGCCAGACGAUCCGGAACCUGGUAAAAUCUAUACCGGCAAAGUGGCCAACAUUGUCCCCUUUGGCUGUUUCGUUCAGCUGUUUGGUUUGAAGAAACGCUGGGAGGGUUUGGUACACAUAUCCCAAUUGCGUUCUGAGGGUCGUGUCACGGAUGUCACCGAAGUGGUGAAUCGUAACUCGACGGUCAAGGUAAAAGUUAUGUCCAUAACUGGCCAAAAAGUAUCGUUGUCAAUGAAAGAAGUGGAUCAAGAAACGGGUCAAGAUUUAAAUCCUCUUUCCCAUGCUCCGCCGCCAGAAAGCGAGCUGAAAGAUCGCAAUCCCGAUAGGCCAUUUGGUGGUGGUACAUCCCUUCUAAAUUUACAAGGUGGAGCCGAUAACGACGAGAGCGAUUCCCGCAAACGUGUUACACGUAUCUCCAGUCCCGAACGAUGGGAAAUCAAACAGAUGAUUAGUUCAGGUGUCUUGGAUCGCAGUGAAUUGCCAGACUUUGAUGAAGAAACUGGUCUGGUUCAUAAAGAUGAGGACGACGAAGAAGAUAUUGAAAUUGAAAUCGUAGAAGAGGAACCACCAUUCCUGGCUGGGCAUGGUCGUGCUCUACACGAUCUAUCACCAGUCCGCAUUGUAAAGAAUCCGGAUGGUUCAUUGGCCCAGGCAGCUAUGAUGCAAUCGGCUCUCUCCAAGGAACGUAGGGAACAGAAAAUGUUACAAAGGGAACAGGACAUGGACGCUGUGCCCACGGGGUUAAGUAAAAACUGGAUAGAUCCUCUGCCAGACGAAGAUUCAAGUCGUACCCUGGCCGCAAAUGUAAGAGGUAUGGGUGCAGCACCCAUGGAGGUUCCCGAAUGGAAGAAACACGUAAUUGGGGGUAAGAAGUCAUCGUUUGGUAAGAAAACCGAUAUGUCAUUGGUGGAACAAAGAAAAUCCCUGCCCAUAUACAAGCUGCGCGAUGAUCUGAUCAAAGCUGUAACAGAUAAUCAAAUUUUGAUUGUCAUUGGUGAGACGGGUUCGGGAAAAACGACGCAAAUCACCCAGUACUUGGCCGAAUGUGGUUUUACAAAUCGUGGAAAAAUCGGCUGUACACAACCACGUCGUGUUGCUGCCAUGUCGGUGGCAAAGCGUGUGGCCGAAGAAUUCGGUUGUCGUCUGGGCCAAGAGGUGGGCUAUACCAUCCGUUUUGAGGAUUGCACCAGUCCCGAGACGGUCAUAAAAUACAUGACGGACGGUAUGUUGUUGCGUGAGUGUCUCAUCGAAGCAGAUUUGAAAUCAUAUUCCGUGAUUAUGUUGGACGAAGCCCAUGAGCGUACCAUACACACAGAUGUCCUGUUUGGUUUGUUAAAAACGGCCGUACAAAAACGUCCCGAAUUGAAGUUAAUUGUGACCUCUGCCACUUUGGAUGCUGUCAAAUUCUCACAAUAUUUCUUUGAGGCUCCAAUUUUCACCAUACCUGGUCGUACCUUCCCCGUAGAGGUUUUGUAUACCAAAGAGCCGGAGACCGAUUAUUUGGAUGCCUCCUUGAUUACCGUUAUGCAAAUUCAUUUGAGAGAACCACCUGGCGAUAUUUUACUCUUCUUAACGGGUCAAGAGGAGAUCGAUACAGCUUGUGAAAUUCUAUAUGAACGUAUGAAAAGUUUGGGACCCGAUGUACCAGAAUUAAUUAUUCUCCCCGUAUACUCAGCAUUGCCCUCGGAAAUGCAGACAAGGAUUUUUGAUCCAGCACCGCCGGGUAGUCGUAAGGUUGUAAUUGCCACAAAUAUUGCCGAGACAUCGCUGACCAUUGAUGGUAUCUUUUAUGUGGUGGAUCCGGGAUUUGUGAAGCAGAAGGUGUAUAACUCGAAGACGGGCAUGGAUUCUUUGGUAGUAACACCUAUAUCGCAGGCCGCCGCCAAACAACGUGCCGGACGCGCUGGUCGUACAGGUCCUGGAAAAUGCUAUCGCCUCUAUACGGAACGUGCUUAUCGCGAUGAAAUGCUGCCAACUCCCGUGCCGGAAAUUCAACGUACCAAUUUGGCCACCACUGUGCUGCAAUUGAAAACCAUGGGCAUUAAUGAUCUGCUACAUUUCGAUUUCAUGGAUGCCCCACCCGUCGAAUCUCUGGUCAUGGCUCUGGAGCAAUUGCAUUCCCUAUCGGCUUUAGAUGAUGAAGGUCUGUUGACACGACUGGGACGGCGUAUGGCUGAAUUCCCAUUGGAACCAAAUCUCUCGAAAAUGCUGAUUAUGUCGGUGGCCCUACAAUGUUCCGAUGAAAUUCUAACAAUCGUAUCGAUGUUAAGUGUUCAAAAUGUCUUCUAUCGUCCGAAGGACAAACAAGCCUUGGCCGAUCAAAAGAAAGCCAAAUUCAAUCAAAUCGAAGGUGACCACUUGACCCUACUGGCCGUCUAUAACAGUUGGAAAAAUAAUAAAUUUUCCAAUGCCUGGUGUUAUGAGAAUUUCGUACAGAUUCGUACGCUCAAGCGAUCACAAGAUGUCCGUAAACAAUUGUUGGGUAUUAUGGAUCGUCACAAAUUGGAUGUGGUAUCAGCUGGCAAGAAUUCGGUACGCAUCCAAAAAGCCAUAUGUUCGGGUUUCUUUCGUAAUGCUGCCAAAAAAGAUCCCCAAGAAGGUUAUCGCACUUUGGUCGACUCCCAGGUGGUGUAUAUUCAUCCUUCCAGCGCUCUCUUUAAUCGUCAACCCGAAUGGGUUAUAUACCAUGAAUUGGUACAAACCACAAAGGAAUAUAUGCGUGAGGUAACCACAAUCGAUCCGAAAUGGUUAGUUGAAUUUGCCCCGUCCUUCUUUAGAUUCUCUGAUCCAACGAAGUUGAGUAAAUUUAAGAAGAAUCAAAGACUUGAACCGUUGUACAAUAAAUACGAAGAGCCAAAUGCAUGGCGUAUUUCCCGUGUGCGAAGAAGAAGAAAUUAAAAUA